GUGACUUCCAGCCAACCGUCGACUGCUGCGGAGUUUGGAGACAUCAGUGAAAGAUGAGGAGCUGCGCUUUGCUAUCGAGAGAGGAAGAAGGAAUUAAAGUUCAUACGUAAGAAAUGAGAGGAAACGACAACUUAGCGAUGAAAUGUGUGUCUGUCAGUGUGCGUUUAACUUUUAUCUGAAGCCUGCCUGCGAACACUCCGCGUUGAACUCGGUGGAUUUGCUGACACUGGACUCCUUGCUCUCUUCUGACAUCCAGUGUCAGCAGCCAUGACCAACCCUCAAAUUGAACUCCACUACAACUACACAGGCAAGCUAGACCACCGGCCCAGCAUUGGCACCACCAAGGGCACCAUCGACACCAAAACCAUCGUGUUCCUCAUCAUUUGCAGCUUCAUCGUCCUAGAGAACCUCACUGUGCUGGUUGCCAUAUGGAGAAACCACCGUUUCCACAACCGCAUGUACUUUUUCAUCGGCAACCUGGCUCUAUGUGACCUCCUGGCUGGUGUUGCCUAUAUAGUCAACUUACUUCUAUCUGGAGAGAAAACCUUGCAGCUCUCACCUGCUCUCUGGUUUGUCAGAGAGGGGAGCAUGUUUGUAGCACUUGGUGCCUCCAUUUUCAGUCUCCUGGCUAUUGCCAUAGAGAGACACCUGACUAUGAUUAAAAUGAGGCCUUAUGAUGCCAACAAGAACUACAGAGUGUUUCUCCUCAUAGGAACCUGCUGGUUGAUUGCAAUAUCUCUUGGAGCGUUGCCUAUUCUAGGCUGGAACUGCCUGGAUAACCUCCCUGAUUGCUCCACAGUCCUCCCUCUCUACACUAAGAAAUAUGUAGCUUUCUGCAUCAUAGUUUACAUACUCUUGCUCUUAGCCAUGUCUGUCCUUUAUGCACGAAUCUACAUCCUGGUUAAGUCCAGCAGCAGAAAGGUGAACAAGAGCAGAAACUCUGAGCAUGCCAUGUCCCUGCUGCGCACCGUCAUCAUUGUAGUUGGGGUCUUCAUCGCCUGCUGGACGCCUAUCUUUGUGCUGCUCCUGGUGGACGUAGCGUGCAAGCAGCGCUGCCCCAUCCUCUACAAGGCGGACUGGUUCAUAGCAGUGGCCGUGCUCAAUUCAGCAAUGAACCCCGUGAUUUACACCCUGGCAAGCCGCGAGAUGAGACGAGCCUUCCUGAGUCUGGUGUGUGGCGUAUGCUACAGGGGGAAGGCUUCUGGAAAUGAGAACAGGCAGUCUCUGGAGCCCAGCCGCAGCAGGAGCAAGUCAUGGAGCAGCCAGAACAACCCAAACCAGAGCCAGCAGAGCUGCAAGCAGGCGGAGGCUGACGUAGCCCAUGGAGAGGUGGCUGUGGUGACAGGAGGGGCUGCUCAGGCUGUACUUGAGAGUGACAGAAGAGAGUGAAAGAAGGGAGGGGUGUAUCUGCAGGAGGAAGGUGAGGGUGGUCCUAGUGUGCAAGCUCAAAGGCCUUUGCAGUGUUUACAGAAACUGAGGUGUGACUGUCUUAAAAAAAAAGUGUUGCUUGACUUAAUGGGGCUGCAGAUCAGUGGUUUCUCCUUUAUGCUUGAUACUAAUUUAAUUGCAUCCUCCAUAACCCAGAGCCAUAUAGAAGUGUCCAUAAUAUUCAUUAGUGUAAUGUAAGAGGUAGGCUAGAAAAUACUUAAAGUUAUACCAAGUGUAUUAUUAGAAUUUCCAUUUAACUAUUUGUCAUUACACAGAUUGUAGCCACUUUUAUGUGACGAGUCCAGAUAAACAUUGAACUUAAACUCACAAAAUAAAAUCGACUUAAACUUCAGGUUCGGUGAGGGCUACGGUUAAGAUGAGGACAUGAUGUUUUAUAUAGACAAGUAAACAGUCUGCUUUAAGGAAAAAAAAGCUUGUCCUUCUUGAAGACAUUUUCUAGGAAACAAAGCUUACACAACUCAAUUAGUUGCACAAGUUAUGUAGAUAAUGUAGCUACGUAGCUAACAUAGAUACAGCUAAAGCUCACAAAGCUCAUGAAUAUCUAUACUAAAUAAGUUAACGUUAGCUAAAUAAGCUAUGUUGCAACGUAGCUAUGUAGAAAACAUAGCUAACGUUGCUAUGUUAGCCUUAGCUUUAGCAUUGUGUUAAAGCUCACAAUGCUAAAGCUAACUUAACUGCAUUGAUUUACGUAUAAUCAUUAACUGUGUAGCUAGCAUAACUACUGUAUGUAAGCUUUAGCUAAAGCUAUCUACGUCUAAAAAAGGUCUAUGCGUAUUUUACCCAAAGGUUAGACCCCUGACCUUUUUCCUCUGUAUUAUUUACAAAAUAUUGCUUAGUCUGUGAUGUUCGCAAUAUAGUUAUUUCAUAGGUGUAACUGCCAGACUUUGUUUAUAGAUAAAGCAAAAUAUAAAAAAAAAUUAAACUGGAAAUAUGUUGUCCGGGCAAAUUAUGGCAUUUCUGUUCUUGCAGGGACGACUUCUCACAGUAACAGUCUGCGAGAGGAGGUGUCUGAGAUAUACAGUCUGCAGCCAGACUGUCCGUCCUAUUUUUGCAACCACAGCAUGUGAAGUCUGUCCCCAGGGGGCUCUCAAAGAAAAAAAAAAAAAAGUGUUCAAAUUUGCUGCUCAUCUCCACUCACCUCUGUUGCUUUUACAUAAAAAGGGAGAAAAGCUGUUAAAAGGGGCCUGGAGGCUGUUUGCAUUCUAAGAUUAAUAGCAACAUGAACCAGGAAGGCCACUUUUAACAGCUUUUCUCCCUUAUUAUGUGAAAUGUUUCCAUGAAACAAAAUGAUGGUUUACUGUUAAGUAAAAUGCUCCAAAAUAAGAAGUAACUGGCAUCAUGUCGCUGAUCAACUUGUAGGUGUCUGGCCUUGACAUUAUAGGGCUUAAGGGAGGAUGUAGUUGUACAUUAUAAAAUACAAAGAAUAAUCCAUCCAUCACAAGUACACUGCACAAAACAUAGAGAUACAGCAACAGAACAGCAUGCCUUAUGUAGCAAGUCUUUGUCAUUACAUUCAGUAUUUCCGUGUCAAUAUUUUGUGUCCAUCAUGUCAGCUUUGUUGUGCUGGCCGCCCUGACAAGAGGAGACCAUUACAACUAUAAAAUCUGGUUUAUACUACUGCGUCAGACCUUUGUUGUAGCCACACCAUAGUGACCUACGCCAUUGGUUUCCAAUCAGGAGUCUGGGACCUCCUAGGAGGGUGCAAAAAAUCCUAGAAUGGGUUCAAGGCUUUGGGUGCAAUUAGAUUUGCACAUAUUAGCUAAAAUCAUGAUAAACACGUAAGAAAUUGUCCGUGCAAAUUUGUAAAAAAAAAAAAAAAAAAAAAAAUUGUGUAGACUUAUUUUGACACCUGAAUUCAAAGUAGAUUUUUGAUAGUAAUGUAUCACUUUUUUCGUGCAUGGUGGGGACUGCAAGUAAAAAAAAAAAAUGGGAUCCACUGACCUACACCACUUCAUACUUGUGCAUUGAUGUCUCUGUGUCCCUCUGUGGUACUGAUGUCAAGGGCUACUCAGCAGUUAAAUUUCUAUGCCAGGUUCCAGUCUUUCUGCAACAUUUCCUUCUUGUUUGUUUACAAUAAACCAUGGCAACUGACACCACAUGUAUUAUAUUGAAGUAGGUGUUGAUAAAAUUGAGCAGCAGUUUAUUAAACUGCAAUUAUUGCAACGAAAAAAAGAGGUGACUUCGCAGGAGAUGGAAAUUACAGCUGCUGGGUUAGCUGAGGUUUUGACACUUCUUUGGCCACUGUAAGACUUAAAGAUGAGGAAAUGCACUUCGAAUGACCGUAAGUAAUCACACCAACGUGCAAUGUAACAACUCAGAGAUUAGCAGUCACCUACUGACAUUCAGUGGACCAAUCACAGGGCUAGUGGUCUGAGUCUUUUCUCUCUAAUUUUGAGAUGGUGCAUAGGGUUCAGAGCUGUGUGGGACUAUGUCAGAGGCAACAACGUGGAUUUGAUGCAGAAGUGCAAAUCAGGAGCAAAAGAAUUAAGACUUUGUAAGGCUUUUAAAACUGGGGAAAAGUUGGCUGUCUUUUUUAAUGAAUUAAGACAUUGUAGUUGCAAAUUCUACAUAUUUUUACCUUUAUAUAUAAUUAUAUAUAUAUAUAUAUAUAUAUAUAUAUAUAUAUAUAUUUACUUUUGUUUGUCUGGACUUGUCAGAUGAAUGUGGCUUUACAAGUGGAAUGAGAUAUUUGGGAGUGGAAAUAAGAGAAAAACACUUGCUAAGAUUUGAGUUUAUGCAGUGCAAAAAUGUUCAGUUACACAAUGAAUGAUACCUCUUUGUUAAGUAGAUUUUAUAUGAACACAAAGUUAAACAUCAUUUUUUAAUAUAUAAACAGAUAAACCUGUUUAGAUAUCUACAAACUGCAUGGUGAAGAGGUAGAAAAAGGGCUGUUUUUAUAUUAGCUUGGACAUUUUAAUUGUAUGUUGACUCUGCAGGACAGCAAUCACCUUAAUGUCAAAGGUCCUCUACCUGUGUUUACCCAUGUGACUAUCAAAGACAUAAAGGGCUAAAAAAAUCACCUGCAAUGAAUGAAGUGCAAUUAUAUUUCUGCAAAAAUGUAAUGAUGAAAGAUUGUAGCCAAAAAGUGUUGUUUUAAAAAAACAAUAUAAAUUAUUUAUUAUUCUAUGCAAUGUAAUCUGUAAUUUUGAAUUUAUUCAGUUAUACUGUGCAGUAAAUAUAAUAUAAAACUGCACUAUGAAUUAUAUAUGUGAUGUAAAUGAGAUGAAUGAUGAAGAUUUACCUGCAACUUCUGUCAUAUUAAAGUAGAAUCAUGUUUAUAGUCAAAUGAAGGAUCUGAUUCAAGGAAUACAGUAACUAAAAUUAUACCAGGGCGCCAUCUGCUGGUUAAUACUGGUAGUAAUUAUUCUCAAUUCUGACUACUGUUGGUAUAUUGACAUGACAUACUGCUUGUAUACUUUUAAUCCUUAGCCUAGUACCAAAAUUAAAGCAAAUUUACCGUAGGACUCUGGUUGACUCUGCAAGAUCCUAAGUUUGUCUUCAGUUAUUUUAUAGGCAUGAUGCUUUAAAACGUGAAAAAAGGGGCAUGUUGACUGAGCAUGUAUGCCAGUGCAGCUAUUUAUAGGAUUCAAGCUGUAAGCUUUGAAACAUUUUGGGUGGAAAAAACAUGAUAUUGUUAUGACCCACCUGAAAUACCUUCUUUCUCCAGUAGAGAGUGCCAUUCUGCCAUUUCUCAUGCUGUUUCCUGUUUAGAUGAGAAAACUAGUGGUUUGACCGCAAUGCAAAUAAAUGAAUGUUUUUUUUUCUUGUAUAAUGGGAAUUGAGUUAUGUUUGUGGUUUCGUAUGUAUGUCUAAGAGACUUCUGCAAAGCAUCCAAAUCAGAAUAAACUGAAGGUGAAUCGAG